GUCCUGUUUAUGCGAGGAAAGAUUUCUGCAGAGAAUUUACUGUUUGAUCCAGAAAUCGAAAGAACAGCUCGAAGGAAUAACAGUCAAAGAAAGAAAAGGAAACAAUUAGCCAAACAAAAGAGGCUGCAAGAAGAAAAUUCUGCUUCUAUUUCUUCAACAUCCUCAAUAGCCGAAGAGAUGGCUGAAGAUCCGCCACGUAACGAAGGUGCCGGUAUGAGGCCAUGUCACAACAGUCCACGAAGGCUUGCUCAUCUUGCAAGACCUCCCAGAGGUGCAAGACAGACGGAGAUGAAAACCGGUCUCUUGCAACUGUUAUAUGCUAACCCUUUUACAGGUUUAUCACAUGAAGAUCCAUACAAUCAUUUGGUGAAGUUCUAUGAAAUAGCCGGUUCACUUGGUGCUCCUGAAGCGGAGGAGGAAGCGGUGUUCAUGAGAAUGUUUCCACAUUCAUUGAUAGGAAAGGCCAAAGAUUGGUACCUUGAUUUACCAGCUCAAGUCAUGACAAAUUGGAAUACUUUGGAAGAGAAGUUUCUUGAUCGGUUCUUUCCACAUCAUAAAUUCAUGGAGUCAAAGACAUCAAUUGCGGUGUUCUCUCAAGGCUCCAAUGAGACUCUAUGUGAAGCAUGGGAUCGAUACAAAGCAAUGCUGCGUAAAUGCCCUAAUCAUGGAUUUGAUGAACUAACCCAAAUUCAUAUUUUUAGAAAUGGUCUUUUGCAGGAUUCAAAGCUCCUUUUAGAUGCAACAGCAGGUGGUUCUCUCUUAUCAUUAAGUGCUGCAGAUGCUACGACUAUCAUUGAGAAAAUGUCACUUAGUGAUCGACAAAGUGAACGCAGCAAAACUCAAAGGAAGCCUGGGAUUCUUGAACUUGAUCCGUCAGAUGCUGUAUUGGCUCAAAAUAAACUUCUUACCAACACAGUGGAGGAGUUAUCCAAACAAAUGUCAAAAUUGAUGACUCUUCAAGAAGGAUCGGGGAAAGCAAAGCAAGUAGCAUCAUGUGAAUUAUGCACCGGAAAUCAUCCAACUGGUCAUUGUCCUCCAUCUCAUGAAGAGGUGAACUUCAUGGCAAAUCAACAAAGACAAAGUCAGUAUCCGAAUAAUGCUGGCUAUCAAAGGGGAAACAACUCAAACUAUGGUCAAGGUUGGAAACAAGAUGGUGGCUCAGCAAAUAGGCAAAGACAAUAUGAAAGCUACAGUCAACCACCGGUACAACAAACUCAAAAUUCAAAUUUGGAAGAAGCUUUGAGAUCAUUCAUAGAGAUGCAGACCAAACAGAAUCAACAACAAAAUGUGAUGAAUCAACAACAAAAUCAGUUUGUGCAAGAAACUCAAGUCUACCAAAGAGGCAAUGAUGCGGUGUUAAGAAAUCUCGAGACUCAGAUUGGUCAAAUAGCAAAAGAAAUGGCCAAUAACAAAAAUCAAGGAGGAUCAUUUGCAGCCAACACCGAACCAAAUCCAAAAGAACAAUGCAAGUCAAUUACAACAAGAAGCGGUAAGGAAGUUGGCAAGGGAAUAGGUGAUAAUUUGAGGAAGGAAGAGGAGGUUAUGAGACGAGCAGAUAAAGAGGAGGAAGGAGAAAGUGAGAAUGAAGCAGAAAAGAAUAAAAAGGAAGAUUUAGUUGAAAAAGAAAAAAAUGAAAAAACAGAAAAAAAUGGAAAAAAUGCAGAGAAGGGAGAGAAGGAGGUUGAAGUGAGAAAAGAAAAGAAUAGUUUACCUCAACAUCUGCCAUAUCCACAUGCUCCAUCAAAGAAGGAUAAAGAAAGGCAGUAUGCAAGGUUUAUGGAUAUCUUUAAAAGAUUACAAAUCAACAUUCCAUUUUCCGAAGCCUUGGAGCAGAUGCCAACAUAUGCAAAAUUCAUGAAAGAAAUCCUUACCAAGAAGAGAAGGUACAAUGAUGAUGAAGUUAUUCAACUUGAUGCAAGCUGUAGUGCCAUUAUUCAACGAACUCUUCCGACUAAAGAAAAAGAUCCGGGGAGAGUCACGUUGCCGGUUACCAUUGGUAAUGUGAAUGUUGGAAAAGCCCUUAUUGAUUUAGGGUCAAGCAUCAAUCUUAUUCCUUUAUCGGUGAUUAAACGGGUUGGUGGUCUUGACAUCACACGUACAAGAAUGACAUUGCAACUUGCUGAUAAAUCCAUCACUCGUCCGUCGGGAAUGGCUGAAGAUGUUCUUGUAAAAGUUGAUAAGUUUAUGUUCCCUAUAGACUUUGUGGUGAUGGACAUUGAAGAGGAUGAUGAUGUUCCGUUAAUUCUUGGAAGGCCAUUCAUGAAAACAGCUCGUAUGAUGAUUGAUAUUGAUGACGGGGUGAUGAAAGUUCGAGUUCAAGAUGAGGAGGUUAGUUUUAAUUUGUGGGAAGCUAUGAAGCAUCCACAUGAGAAAGAUAUGUGCUUCAAACUUGAUGCAACUGAAGAAGCCAUAUUAGAUGUGAGGAAACAAGCACAUCAACCUUCAUCACUCGAACAAGCCCUAACUGAAAGUUUUGAAGCACUUGAUCCUGAGAAAGAAGAAGAAGUUGAGAGUUUUCUGAAGCAGCUGGAUGCUUUGAAGGAAGUAACUCCUUUAGAAGCAAAGAUUGAGGAGCUUAAGAAUGAAGAAAGACCGGGUGAAGUGAAGCUUGAGUUAAAAACAUUACCAUCUCAUCUCAAGUAUGCAUUCCUUGAAGAAGAAGAAAAGAAGCCGGUGAUCAUUAGCAACUCAUUGUCAGCUAAUGAAGAAAAAAGCUUGAUUCAAAUUCUGAAAGAAAACAAAGAAGCAAUCGGGUGGUCUUUAUCCGAUCUCAAAGGUAUUAGUCCAUCUUAUUGUAUGCAUAAUAUUAUGAUGGAAGAUGAUUACAAACCUGUUGCUCAGCCUCAACGUCGAUUGAAUCCAACAAUGAAGGAGGUUGUAAGAAAAGAAGUGGUAAAGUUACUUGAAGCUGGUAUGAUCUAUCCGAUUUCCGACAGUACUUGGGUUAGUCCAGUCCAGGUGGUUCCAAAGAAAGGAGGGAUGACAGUGAUUACGAAUGACAAAAAUGAAUUAAUUCCAUCAAGAACCGUCACCGGGUGGCGGAUGUGUAUAGAUUACCGGAGACUCAACAAAGCAACCAGAAAAGAUCAUUUUCCAUUACCAUUUAUGGAUCAAAUGCUUGAGAGAUUAUCCGGUCAGAAGUUCUAUUGCUUUCUAGAUGGAUAUUCGGGGUAUAAUCAGAUUUCAGUCAACCCCGAAGAUCAUGAAAAAACAGCUUUCACAUGUCCUUUCGGUGUUUUUGCUUAUAGAAGAAUGCCUUUCGGAUUGUGCAAUGCACCGGCAACAUUUCAACGGUGUAUGCAAGCAAUUUUUUCUGACUUGAUAGAGAAAUGCAUCGAAGUGUUCAUGGAUGAUUUCUCCGUGUUCGGUCCGUCAUUCCAACAUUGCUUGAAGAAUUUGGACACCGUACUGAAGCGGUGUGUUGAAACGAAUCUGGUUCUUAAUUGGGAAAAGUGUCAUUUCAUGGUGACCGAAGGCAUUGUUCUUGGUCACAAGAUCUCUUCCAGAGGUAUUGAGGUGGAUAGAGCAAAGGUGGAGGUCAUUGAAAAGCUUCCUCCUCCGGUAAAUGUCAAAGGAAUCAGAAGUUUUCUAGGUCAUGCCGGUUUCUACCGAAGAUUCAUCAAGGAUUUCUCAAAAAUUGCCAAACCAUUAAGCAAUUUGCUUAAUAAAGGUACGUCUUUUACAUUUGAUGAUGAAUGUUUAAUUGCUUUUACUGAAUUGAAAGAAAGAUUGGUGACUGCACCCAUAAUCAUAGCACCCGAUUGGAAACUCGAAUUUGAAUUAAUGUGUGAUGCUAGUGAUUAUGCAGUUGGUGCAGUCCUUGGACAAAGAAAGAACAAAACUUUUCAUGUUAUACACUAUGCAAGCAAAGUAUUAAAUGAUGCACAAGUUAACUAUGCAACAACCGAGAAAGAAUUGCUUGCUAUAGUGUAUGCAUUUGAGAAAUUUCGUUCUUAUUUGAUUGGUUCAAAAAUUGUUGUGUAUACUGACCAUGCAGCUAUCAAGUAUCUGAUUACAAAAGCUGAUUCUAAGCCGAGACUCAUUCGGUGGAUGCUUUUAUUACAAGAGUUUGAUCUUGAGAUAAAAGAUAAAAAGGGAACAGAAAACUUGGUAGCUGAUCACUUAUCAAGACUUGUAAACAAUGAGGUGACCAAACAUGAACGUGAGGUUCUUGAAGAAUUCCCCGAUGAAAAACUACUUAUGGUGCAAGAAAGGCCAUGGUUUGCUGAUAUGGCUAAUUUCAAAGCAUCCGGAUUAAUACCGGAUGAUUUCAAUUGGCACCAAAAGAAAAAGUUCCUCCGUGAAGCAAAUCAAUAUGUUUGGGAUGAUCCUUAUCUGUUUAAAAUUGGAGCUGACAACCUGUUGAGGAGAUGUGUUACCAAAGAGGAAGCCACAAGCAUCAUGUGGCAUUGUCAUAACUCACCAUAUGGAGGUCACUAUAAUGGAGAAAGAACAGCAGCAAAAAUUUUGCAGUCAGGAUUCUUUUGGCCGAGUUUGUUCAAAGACACUUAUGAACAUGCUCGGAGAUGUGAUAACUGUCAAAGAAUUGGUGGAAUUUCAAGGCGCAAUGAAAUGCCACUUCAAAACAUGCAUGUUGUUGAAGUAUUUGAUUGCUGGGGUAUUGAUUUCGUUGGCCCUUUUCCAUCAUCAUUUUCAAAUGAAUACAUUCUUGUCGCAGUAGAUUAUGUGUCUAAAUGGGUGGAAGCAAUUGCGUCACCAAAAGCCGAUGGCAAAACGGUGAUAAAAUUUCUAAAAAGAAACAUUUUCACUCGUUUUGGAACUCCUCGUGUGCUUAUUAGUGAUGGAGGGUCACAUUUUUGCAAUUCUCAACUAGCCAAAGCACUUGAGCAUUAUGGAGUCAAGCACAAAGUAGCAUCGCCAUACCAUCCUCAGACCAACGGACAAGCAGAAGUUUCGAAUCGUGAAAUAAAGAAAAUUCUGGAAAAAACUGUAUCCGCAUCAAGAAAAGAUUGGUCAUUGAAGUUAGACGAGGCAUUAUGGGCAUAUCGAACUGCUUUCAAAGCACCAAUAGGCCUUACACCUUUUCAGAUGGUAUAUGGUAAGGCAUGUCAUCUUCCGGUCGAACUUGAACAUAAAGCCUAUUGGGCUUUGAAAUUUUUGAAUUUUGAUGAAAGCCAAGCCGGAGAGCAAAGAAAAGUUCAGCUUCAACAGUUGGAUGAAUUGAGAUGCCAAGCUUAUGAAUCUUCUAAGCUGUACAAAGAGAAGGUCAAAAGCUAUCAUGAUAAACGGCUUGUCAACAAAGAAUUCAGGCCAGGCCAAAUGGUUUUGCUUUUCAACUCAAGAUUGAAGUUAUUUCCGGGAAAGCUUAAAUCCAAAUGGUCCGGUCCUUUCAAAAUCCGUGAAGUGAAACCAUAUGGUGCAGUUGUGUUGGAAGAUCCAGCUACCAAUGCCACAUGGACUGUGAAUGGUCAAAGGUUGAAACUCUAUUUUGGUGGUGAAUUUGAUCGUGUCACUACCAAAAUCCCACUUUCCGAUCCUUGA